AUGUCAAAGGAUGGGAUCCAUUUGGGACGGAACCUCUGCAGUGAGUUGGCAGGGAUCCAUUUGGGACGGAACCUCUGCAGUGGAAGGUCCCCCUCCAUCCGUCCUCCAGGUGGAAGGUCCCCCCAUCCGUCCUCCAGGUGGAAGGUCCCACCCCCUCCCAUCCUUCCUCCAGGUGGAAGGUCCCCCCUCCCAUCCGUCCUCCAGGUGGAAGGUCCCCCCCCACCCGUCCUCCAGGUGGAAGGACCCCCCUCCCAUCCAUCCUCCAGGUGGAAGGUCCCCCCCAUCCGUCCUCCAAGUGGAAGGUCCCCCCUCCCAUCCGUCCUCCAGGUGGAAGGCCCCCCCCCAUCCGUCCUCCAGGUGGAAGGCCCCCAUCCGUCCUCCAGGUGGAAGGUCCCCCCUCCCUCCGUCCUCCAGGUGGAAGGUCCCCCCCUCCCAUCCGUCCUCCAGGUGGAAGGUCCCCCUCCCUCCGUCCUCCAGGUGGAAGACCCCCCCUCCCAUCCAUCCUCCAGGUGGAAGGCCCCCCCUCCCAUCCGUCCUCCAGGUGGAAGGUCCCCCUCCCCUCCGUCCUCCAGGUGGAAGUUCCCCCAUCCGUCCUUCAGGUGGAAGGUCAUCCCCCAUCCGUCCUCCAGGUGGUGGAAGAUUGUCUGUCACCUCUGCAACGUUGCCCAUCAAGCAGCCCUCAAGCAGCCCUCAAGCAGCCCUCGAAAGCUUCUCCCUCAAACUCAACUCUGGACCCUCGAAAGCUUCCCCCUCAAACUCAACUCUGGACCCUCGAAAGCUUCCCCCUCAAACUCAACUCUGGACCCUCGAAAGCUUCCCCCUCAAACUCAACUCUGGACCCUCGAAAGCUUCCCCCUCAAACUCAACUCUGACCUCGAAAGCCCCCUCAAACUCAACUCUGGACCCUCGAAAGCUUCCCCCUCAAACUCAACUCUGGAACCUCGAAAGCUUCCCCCUCAAACUCAACUCUGGACCCUCGAAAGCUUCCCCCUCAAACUCAACUCUGGACCCUCGAAAGCUUCCCUCAAACUCAACUCUGACCCUCGAAAGCCCCCCUCAAACUCAACUCUGACCCUCGAAAGCUUCCCCCUCAAACUCAACUCUGGACCCUCAAAGCUUCCCCUCAAACUCAACUCUGGACCUCGAAAGCCCCCUCUCAAACUCAACUCUGGACCCUCGAAAGCUUCCCCCUCAAACUCAACUCUGACCCUCGAAAGCUUCCCCCUCAAACUCAACUCUGGACCCUCGAAAAGCUUCCCCUCAAACUCAACUCUGGACCUCGAAAGCUUCCCCUCAAACUCAACUCUGACCCUCAAAGCCCCCCUCAAACUCAACUCUGGACCCUCAAAAGCCCCCCUCAAACUCAACUCUGGACCCUCGAAAGCCCCCCUCAAACUCAACUCUGGACCCUCGAAAGCCCCCCUCAAACUCAACUCUGACCCUCGAAAGCCCCCUCAAACUCAACUCUGGACCUCGAAAGCUUCCCUCAAACUCAACUCUGGACCUCGAAAGCUUCCCCCUCAAACUCAACUCUGGACCUCGAAAGCCCCCUCAAACUCAACUCUGGACCCUCGAAAGCUUCCCCUCAAACUCAACUCUGGACCUCGAAAGCUUCCCCCUCAAACUCAACUCUGGACCCUCGAAAGCUUCCCCCUCAAACUCAACUCUGGACCCUCGAAAGCUUCCCCCUCAAACUCAACUCUGGACCCUCAAAAGCCCCCCUCAAACUCAACUCUGGACCCUGAAAGCUUCCCCUCAAACUCAACUCUGGACCCUCAAAGCUUCCCCCUCAAACUCAACUCUGGACCCUCGAAAGCCCCCCUCAAACUCAACUCUGGACCUCAAAGCUUCCCCCUCAAACUCAACUCUGGACCUCAAAGCUUCCCCCUCAAACUCAACUCUGGACCCUGGGAAAGCUUCCCCCUCAAACUCAACUUGGACCCUGAAGCUUUUCAAACUCAACUCUGGACCCUCGAAAGCCCCCUCAAACUCAACUCUGGACCUAAGCCCCCUCAAACUCAACUCUGGACCUCGAAAGCCCCCUCAAACUCAACUCUGGACCUCGAAAGCCCCCUCAAACUCAACUUGACCAAAGCCCCCUCAAACUCAACUCUGGACCAAAUGAAACCCCUCAAACUCAACUCUGACCCUCGAAAGCCCCCUCAAACUCAACUCUGGACCCUCGAAAGCCCCCUCAAACUCAACUCUGACCCUCGAAAGCCCCCUCAAACUCAACUCUGGACCCUAGAAAGCCCCCUCAAACUCAACUCUGACCCUCGAAAGCCCCCCUCAAACUCAACUCUGGACCCUCGAAAGCCCCCCUCAAACUCAACUCUGGACCCAAAGCUUCCCCCUCAAACUCAACUCUGGACCUCGAAAGCCCCCCUCAAACUCAACUCUGACCCUUAA